AUGUAUUCCUUCAAAGCCAUCACUCUAUUGAGCACGCUGCUUCUGGCUGGGGUUGGGAGUGCGAGGUUGAGUACGACUAUCGGUCUAGAGACAGACGAAGGCAGCCACUCCGUUCAGAUCCCCUUCGAUGACUGUACUCAGGUUGGGCAGUUUGAAGUUCGAGGCGUGUUCCUCUCCAAGACGUGUCGUCUUUUCACUGGAGUAGGCUGCACCGGACGAAACACCCUCCUGCAGCCUGGUGAACAUACCUCGUCGGAGCCGGUAUAUGUCGAUAGUGUGCUGUGCUACCCGUGA